AUGGGAUCUGAACCUGUUGUGGUUCAUGCCAACCCUCCCCCGCCUCCACCGCCGAGAGCCUCGCACCGUCUGCGAAACACCCUGCUCGCGACGAUUCUCGGCGGAGCACUGCUCUUUGGCGGCGGUGUCUAUGGUUCUCUUCAAAACGAUACAGUGUACGAGAUUUUCACCGAGUACGUGCCAUAUGGCGAAGACGCUGUUUUGUACAUUCAAGAGCAAGAGUUCCGCAAACGCUUCCCCAAUGCAACGGCACAGGCAGGCAGAUCGUCUACUCGCGCCUCUUCUGCAUCCGUGUAUAUCCCGAGGUCCGGAGCGCAAGCACGCCUGCAUGACCCAGCAAGCCAAACGUCAGAGGCCAAGAUUUUGCAGCCUGGUCCGCAAAAUAGUGCGUUGAAGCAGGAGCACAAGGCGACUCCAGGUGGUGCAAAUGAUGCUGCUCAAGUCAACAAGUCAAGCCCUCAGCUGGCACCCAAUGCAAAAUCCACGCAACCCGCACCAAAGACAGGAGUUGAGAGCAGGAGUGCGCCUGCAGCCUCAAAAGAGACUUCUGAGCCUGCUCCUGCUGAUACCAAACCCGCUGACCCUGCUUCCCUCACGGUGCCUCCACCCAGUGCACCCCUCAAGCCCUUUGAAGUUCAGGAUGUUGGUGAUCGUGUCAUUGAGCGCCUUCAAUUCGCCUUGAAUGGUAUCAUUACGACUGCAAACGAGUAUGGCUCUUCGUCUUACUUCCAGGCUUGUCUGGAGAAUGCCAAGGAAGAGGUCCUGUCACUCAAUGAGCGAGUGCACGACAUCAAAAAGACUGAGCAUGCUGAGCUGGAGAAGAAAUUGACUGAUCAAGCAAAGCGUUACGGCGAGAUUCAACAACAGCACAUUCGCGAGGUGAAUGAGCAAAUUGCUGACUACGAGCGACGUAUGACGGUGGAGCUUGAACAGGAACGUGAACGGCUCAAUCAAGCCUACACAGAACGCUUGAAGGAGGAAGUGGCUCAAGUGGAGAAAUUGGCGCAAAAGAAGCUGCAGAAUGAGUUGAUGGAGCAGGCCAUUGAGCUGCAACGCCGCUUCAACCGUGAAAUUGGUGCUCGCGUGGAAGAAGAGCGUGGUGGACGUCUUGGUAAGCUUGAGAAGCUCGAGAAGGGCAUCACGGAGCUUAAGCAGCUCAAUGUCGAGGCUGGUGCUUUUAUUGAAGAUCGCGUCAAGCUUCAGGAUCUGGAAGUCGCUAUGCAUGCACUCAAAAAUGUCUUGCACGAGCAAGAGUCCAGACCUUUCAUUCAGGAGCUUGCGGCUGUCAAGGAGAUUGCUGGUGAAGACACACUUGUGCGGGCAGCUAUUGGUGCUUUAGACCGCGAAACAAUGGAGAAUGGUAUCCCCACAACCGGUCAAUUGGCAGAUCGUUUCCGUGUCGUGGCGGAUGAAGUGCGUAAAGCUGCGCUGUUGCCUGAAGGUGCUGGUAUCGCUGGUCAUGCGACUUCUGCGCUACUUUCCAAAGUGCUAUUCAGGAAGCAGGGUAUGGUCCCCGGCUCUGAUGUCGAGGCUAUCUUGGCGCGUACAGAAGCUUAUCUUGAGGCCAACGACCUUGACUCGGCGACACGCGAGAUGAACCAGCUCAAGGGCUGGCCCCGACUUUUGAGUAAAGACUGGAUGACUAUGGCAAGACGGCAUCUUGAAGUGCAGCAAGCAGUGGACAUCCUCGAGCAGAGUGUCGUGCUGUCUGCCUUGCGGAUGCAGCAAUCUUGA